AUAACUGAGUAGUUUGAAAAAUAUGGUGCUAGACAUUUCAAAAUUCCUUUACAUUGGCAUGUCUAAAAUGGUGUUCCUUAAGUAUUUUAUUUAUUCUACUAGAUUGUUAUUGCCCAUGAAGAAAAUGGUAAAUCUAAUUGUAAAUUGUCUCUUGCUUAGAGAUUAGCAUCGAAACCAGAAAAAGCUGUUGAUCGUCUUAAAGAAUUAGUUAAUUUAACUUUUAAAUAUCCUGAUGAAGUUAUUAUUAUGA